AUGAAUCCAUCAUCACCCCCGACAAACUCCAGACAGCUCUCCGCUAGUUCAAAUCCACAAUCAAGCACACUCAGUCAUCGCCCCAGUCCGCGCCAACCCCAAGGCUCAGACACACCGUCUCCGACCAGAGCCAAUGCCCCGAUACCAGAUGACGACCAUGGCGCUGACCUACCUAUGAACAUGACUGCAUCAGUGAUGCUGACCAAUCUGCCCCGAGAUGCUCAUCAGGCACUGGCGGAUGUCGAGAGUAUCGAUGCGGGGAAAGUCACCGUUCGCUUUCAACCUCUCCCAUCAGCUCCAAUUCUGAAAAAUCGAGUGUUCAAGGUUAGCGCUUCGCAGAAGUUCGAGACGGUUGUCAAAUUUCUGCGCAAGAAGCUAGAUUGCAAAGAGACGGAUUCGGUCUUUUGUUAUGUCAAUAGUGUAUUUGCGCCCGGGCUUGAUGAGGGUAUGGGUGGACUAUGGAGAUGUUUCAAAACGGACGAUCAAUUGAUUGUCGCCUACUCGAUGACGCCAGCAUUUGGUUGA